AUGCUCCCUCAACUCCAAUCUUUAUUAGAAAAACUCAAGUCCAACCCUAAGGAAAUAAGAGAUCUAACUGAAAGAGGUGAAGCACAGAAUGUAGAUAAGUGUAAAAGGGUUUUGGAAUGGUUACCUGCUACUAGUGAGCCUGUGUCGGAAGAGGUUAUUAAGGAGGAUAGUGAAUUUUUUACUAAUUUACUAAGUAUUUUAGAGGAGGUGAUAAAGAAAUUGGAAGAACAGGAACAAUUAGAAGUAGAAUUACAGGAAGUUAAAAUGGAGAAAGAAA